CAGAAGCAAUAAACCAUUUAUCAGAGGAAGAUAAAAUCAGAUACAAUGAGCUUAUGCAAACUGAAAAAAAAGAAAACAGGUAUUUUGUUAGAAUUAUGAUUGUUGGAAAGGAAUCGACAGGAAAAACGUGCCUCUUGAGGAGAUUAUUGAAGGAAGAAAUAUCUGGUGUAUCGAGUACAGAUGGUGUUGAUAUUGUUGUUCGUAGAUGCAAAAUCAACAUAAGAGAUGGAAAAUGGAUAAUCGGCAAAGAAAUUGACGAUGAUAAAGUGAGCCGGAUUAAGAGAGCACUGAUUCCAAAUGCCGAGGACAGAAACACUGAAAAUAUUGAGGUAGAUGAGAGAAAUAAUAUAAAUAUAAGUCAUGGUGAUGAUAUAUCUACCUAUAAAAAAGACACCACAACCGACAUAACGGUUAUUCGGGAUAAAAGUGAAGAUACAAAUGAGUCUGAAUUAUUGGUAAUGCUUGAGGAUUUCAAAGCAAAAUCAAAAGUUAAUCUGGAUAAAAAAGGAGAUACGAACCAGUCUCCAUCUUUGGUAAUGCCUGAGGAUAUCACUAGCGACGCAAAGAUUAAUCUGGAUAACAAUAAAGAAACGAAUAAGUCUUCAUCAUUGGUAAUGCCUGAGGAUUUGAUGUCAAAUAUGUUUUCCAAGUCAACUGUUAAUUCUCCUUCAAACCUUUAUGCAUUAUGUGAAUUAUGGGACUUUGCAGGACAAAAAGAAUUUUAUGCUACACAUCAAGCAUUUUUAACAAGUAGUGCAGUAUACCUUGUAGUUGCAGAUAUGAAGGACGACAUAAGUAAACAAGGAUUGGGUCAGUGUUUUGCCGAUUUUCAGCAUAUUGGAGAAUAUGUUGAUUUUUGGUUUGAUUCUAUCCAUUGUCAUCGAACAACCGACAAACCAGCUAGGUAUGGCCACUUCGAUCCUCCGAUUUUAUUAGUUUUCACGGGAAAGGAUAAAUAUGACAAGGCAGAUUUUAAGAAGAGAGAAAAGGAACUCAAUGAUCAAAUAGACCAAGUUCUUGGAUUUCAAAGCAAAUAUCAUCACUUGCACAACAAGUUUUAUCUGUCAAAUACAAAUGACAGUGACACAGAAUUUGAGAAGUUGCAAUACGCAAUUUACGAUACUGCACGGAAAAUGGGAAAUUGGGGUAAUGCUUUUCCGUUAAAAUGGAUUCUUUCAGAACAUUUGAUUGAAAUUAAUAAGAACGAUAACAAGCAUUUCAUCAACUUUACUGAUAUGUCAAAUCUGGCUAAACAUCCUGAUAUCAAUAUUAUAGAAAAGGAGGAUUUGUUGUUGUUUCUUCGAUUUCAGCAUAACGUAGGGAACAUCAUUUUCUUUGCUAAUAUACCGGAUUUAAUCAUAUUAAGACCCCAAUGGUUAGCAGAUGCUUUCCGAUGUUUAGUUUCAGAUAGAGUUGAAAACAGAAGAUUGCAUCACCAUGAGGACUGGACACUGUUUAUACGACAAGGCAAAAUAAGCGAAUCGUUAAUAACAGAACUGUUCAAAUCAAAAGAUGGAAGUCAGUUUUCAGAACAGACAAAUAAUUUGCAUGCAGUUAUGGAAAAGCUUGAUAUAUUGGUCAAAAUUGGUAACUCAAAUUAUAUAAUGCCAAGCAUGAUGCCGCCCUCCACGUUUGAUGUUGUAUGUGAAAAAUUUGACAUUCUUACACAAAAAUGUAAAAGGACUUCUUGGCUUUGUUUUAAAUUUGAAUUUCUCCCACCUUCUUUCUUUAACCAUCUAUCUGCCUGGUUUAUCAGAAACUACUACUCUAGCAAAGUAGAGGGUGGUAUUGCUUUAUAUCGUGGCAUCUGUAUGUUUGACAUUGAUGGAUCUGGUGGUACAAAGAUACUAGUUACUAUGUCGACUGAUACAAUUGCUCUUCAGCUCGUGUCGUUUUCCGAAGAGGAGGGAUUCGGAAGCACGUGCAGCGAUAUCUACAGAGAAGUGAAACAACUAAUUGAAGAUAUAAAAGAGAGAUAUAAGGUGAAAAUAUCUUUUAAACUCCAUUUCAAAUGCAGUGAUGGCUAUUAUUUUCAAGACACAUUUGAAUAUGAGAAAUUGACAAGUGAAAAGGAGUGUUUCUGUACUCAACAUAAGCAAAUGCAUCCAUCUGACCAGAUAUAUUCGCCUUGGAUGAAUAAUGAGGUUACACGGAUUCCUGACAGAGCGAACAUAAGUACCAAGCAGGAUGACCAUAAUCCAAGUAAUAUCAUUGUUUACAUAUUUUCCUUUCGUAUAUUUAUCUUUUAACCGGUUUCAUUUUUUCUAGAUCAUAUAUUAAUGGCGAUAUAACUCUUCAGUCCUGUCCUUAGAAUAUUCCUCUUUAUGCAAAGGGAACAACAAAGAAAGGAGACGUUUCUUAAUUCAGAAGAAUAAAACAUAGUUUUUUAAAAGUUUUUCAAAUUAAUGUUGUAUUCAUAAAUAUAGCUUUCCCCCAGCUAUAGGUCCGAAGCGCUUUUCUGGAUUUAACUUCAUCAGGAACGCUCAUAGUCGAAUAUUUCAAAGCCAAGGAUGUAUAAGGACCGAACACGUUGAAGAGCUUUUAACCAAAAAGGACCUAAAAAUAGCCAAAUCCAUCCUAAGGCCAACUUUGCCUGAGGGGGUUGAAUCCUUAGUUUCUGUAUAAUUUUAAGAUUUAUAAACUGUCAAUUCUAGAUAAUUUGAUAUAAAUCAUGUCAGUACCGAAGUACUGAUUA